UAUAUACUAAGUAGUUCUGUGUGUAGCGUGUCCGGGCGUUGUUUGGGCACCAUGUUUACGUUAGUGAUCGUUUUCUGCGCCUUUCUCCUCCUCUACCUUUACAGUGGCAGGCACUACAAGUACUGGGAAAAGAGAGGAAUUAAACAUGACAAGCCUUUACCCUUCUUUGGUAAUAAUAUCAAUUUUUAUCUAAUGCAGAAAAGUCCUACUCAAAUAGCAGCCGACGCUUAUUACAAAUACCCCAACGAGAAGGUAGUGGGCUUUUAUAGAGCGUCCAUGCCGGAAUUAGUAAUCAGGGAUCCAGACAUCAUAAAGCGCAUUCUAAUCACCGAUUUUGGAUACUUUUAUCCACGCGGAAUCAACCACAAGACCGUCGUGGAGCCUCUGUUACGCAAUUUGUUCUUCGCGGACGGCGACAUGUGGCGGCUGUUGCGGCAGCGCAUGACGCCGGCGUUCACGAGCGGCAAGCUGAAGGCUAUGUUCCCGUUGGUGGUGGAGCGCGCCGAGAAGCUGCGGGCGCGCCUCACCACGGCGGCGGCCUCGGGAAAGUCGCUAGACGCAAGGGAUCUCAUGGCGCGGUACACCACCGACUUCAUCGGCGCCUGCGGGUUUGGACUCGACGCGGACUCACUCAAUGAAGAGGACUCGGCGUUCAGAAAAUUAGGAGCCAAGAUUUUCCAGGUUACUUUACGAGACAUAUUUGUUGCAGUAUUGAAAGAUUUAUUUCCGGAUACUUUUAAACACUUGAAAUAUUUGUCACGACUAGAAGACGAAUUCAUUCAGUUUGUGAGAGAAAUUUUAAAACACAGAAACGCAAACCCGUCAAACAGAAAUGAUUUUAUUGAUUUGAUGUUGGAAUGCCAAAGAAAAGGAACUAUGACAGGUGAAUCAAUAGAGAAUGUAAGGGCGGACGGUACUCCAGAACUCACAUCCCUGGAAUUGGAUGACAUACUGAUAGCUGCUCAAGUAUUUGUAUUUUUUGCUGCUGGCUUCGAGACCUCGUCCUCUGCGACGAGCUACACACUGCACCAACUCGCUUAUAAUCCUGAAAUACAGAAGAAAGUUCAAGAGGAAAUUGAUUGCGUUUUAGCAAAACACAAUAAUAAAUUAAGCUACGACGCUAUCAGAGAGAUGCACUACUUGGAAUGGACUUUCAAAGAAGGGAUGCGAAUGUUUCCAUCAUUAGGUUUCCUAGUGAGGAAGAGUGCACGCAAAUAUACUUUUCCGGAAAUAAAUUUAUCUAUAGACGAGGAUAUCAUUGUUAUGAUUCCUGUGCAAGCGCUCCACAACGAUCCUCAGUACUUCGAGAAUCCUGACGAGUUCCGCCCGGAACGGUUCCAUCCCGAUAACUUUAAAAAUAUUAACAAAUUUGUUUACUUACCAUUCGGCGACGGACCUCGAGCAUGCAUAGACGGUGAUCUGUGGCGGCUGUUGCGGCAGCGCAUGACGCCGGCGUUCACGAGCGGCAAGCUGAAGGCGAUGUUCCCGUUGGUGGUGGAGCGCGCCGAGAAGCUGCGGGCGCGCCUCACCACGGCGGCGGCCUCGGGGAGGUCGCUCGACGCAAGGGACCUCAUGGCGCGGUACACCACCGACUUCAUCGGCGCCUGCGGGUUUGGACUCGACGCGGACUCACUCAAUGAAGAGGACUCGGCGUUCAGAAAAUUAGGAGCCAAGAUUUUCAAAAUUAGUCUUCGAGAUAUUCUAGUUGCUAUGCUGAAAGAAAUGUUUCCAGAUACUUUCAAACACUUGAAAUAUUUGUCACGACUAGAAGACGAAUUCAUUCAGUUUGUGAGAGAAAUUUUAAAACACAGAAACGCAAAUCCGUCAAACAGAAAUGAUUUUAUUGAUUUGAUGUUGGAAUGCCAAAGAAAAGGAACUAUGACAGGCGAAUCAAUAGAGAAUGUAAGGGCGGACGGUACUCCAGAACUCACAUCCCUGGAAUUGGAUGACAUACUGAUAGCUGCUCAAGUAUUUGUGUUUUUUGCUGCCGGCUUUGAGACCUCGUCCUCCGCAACGAGCUACACGCUACAUCAACUCGCUUACAAUCCUGAAGUUCAGAAGAAAGUUCAAGAGGAAAUUGACUACGUUUUAGCAAAACACGAUAACAAACUGAGCUACGACGCUAUCAAGGAAAUGCAUUACUUAGAAUGGGCCUUCAAAGAAGGAAUGCGAAUGUUUCCGUCGUUGGGGUUUCUAAUCAGACAGUGUGCGCGUAAAUAUACGUUCCCCGAAUUGGACCUUUCUAUAGACGAGGACGUCUUGGUCGUGAUUCCUGUGCAAGCGCUCCACAACGAUCCUCAGUACUUCGAGAAUCCUGACGAGUUCCGCCCGGAACGGUUCCAUCCCGAUAAUUUCAAAAAUAUUAAUAAGUUCGUGUAUUUACCAUUCGGUGACGGACCACGAGCAUGUAUAGGUGAGCGGUUGGGCCUGAUGCAGUCUCUGGCGGGUCUGGCGGCGGUGCUGUCGCAGUUCUCGGUGGAGCCCGCCGCCGACACCAAGCGACACCCCACCGUUGACCCAACGUCGGACAUCGUGCAAACCAUCAGCAACGGAUUACCGCUACUCUUCCGGGAAAGAAAAGAUAUAUCCAAGAUGUAAUAUAUGAUAUUACUGCUUAUUGUAGUAAUGUUUUUGUUGUAAAGUUCAUAUAAUAUUUAUUGGUAUUAUUAUCUGUUUAAUAUUAUCCAAA